GCAGAGGAACUCUUCGGUCAAAGAAGGAUAUAAAGUUUACAGGGAAAUUGGCGACUGCUUGAGUUUUGCUUAUUUUAGAAAGAUUUGUUGAAAGAUGGCUUUGAACAAGUUGGCAAUCGAUCAGAUAGACGUCAGUGGUAAAAGAGUACUAAUGAGAGUUGAUUUCAAUGUUCCCUUGAAAGAAGGCAAAAUCACAAACAAUCAGAGAAUUGUUGCAGCAAUUCCAACAAUAAAGUAUGCACUGGAAAAAGGAGCUAAAUCAGUUGUUUUGAUGAGCCACCUGGGUCGUCCUGAUGGAAGAAAGGCAGACAAGUAUUCUCUUUUACCAGUCAAAGCUGAGCUAGACAAAUUGCUUGGAAAGCCUGUGGAGUUUCUCUCUGACUGUGUGGGAGCUGAAGUGGAGGCUAAGUGUGCUGACCCCCCAGCAGGCUCUGUUUUCCUGCUAGAAAAUCUUCGCUUCCAUUUGGAAGAGGAAGGAAAAGGGGUCAAUGAGGCUGGCGAAAAGGUUAAAGCAUCAAAGGAAGCUGUUGAAGCCUUCCGUCAGUCCCUGUCUAAGCUGGGAGAUGUGUAUGUUAACGAUGCAUUCGGAACAGCACACAGAGCUCACAGUUCUAUGGUUGGAUGCCAGCUUGCACAGAGAGCAUCAGGAUUUCUGUUAAAGAAGGAGUUGUCUUAUUUUGCCAAAGCAUUGGAAAAUCCAGACAGGCCAUUUUUAGCCAUCUUAGGAGGGGCCAAGGUUGCAGACAAAAUCCAACUGAUUGAGAAUAUGUUGGACAAAGUGAAUGAAAUGAUUAUUGGAGGUGGUAUGGCCUUCACCUUCUUGAAAGUAUUGAACAACAUGAAGAUUGGAAACUCUCUCUAUGACGAGGAAGGGUCAAAGAUCAUCAAAAAUCUGAUGGACAAGGCAGCUAAGAACAAUGUAACAAUUACUCUCCCCUCGGACUUUGUAACCGGUGAUAAAUUCGCUGAGGAUGCCACCGUUGGAUCUGCCACAGUAGAAACAGGAAUUCCUGAUGGAUGCAUGGGCUUGGAUGUAGGCCCCCAGUCCAUUGCCAAGUUUGCAGAGGUUGUUGGCAGAGCCAAGACUAUUGUUUGGAAUGGACCUCCAGGUGUGUUUGAGUUUGAGAAUUUCAAGAAGGGAACAGUGGCUCUGAUGGAUGCUGUUGUAGCAGCGACACAAAGGGGUGCAACCACUAUCAUUGGUGGAGGUGAUACGGCAACAUGUGCAGCCAAGUUUGGAACAGAAGACAAAGUCAGCCAUGUUUCUACAGGAGGUGGAGCCAGUUUAGAACUGUUAGAGGGUAAGACACUUCCUGGUGUUGCAGCAUUAUCAGACGCUGCCUAGAAGGAGAAAAACAAAUUCAGGUGAUUUAAGGAGAGGAUCUAAGAAUAUUGGUGCAGGAGACUCUAAUAGCAGCCAUUAUCAAAAGAUUUUGAUUAGAUUAUGGUCAUUAAUAUGUAUCUGUAUUUAUAGAUUACUUUAAACACAUUUUUUUCACCAAAAAGAAACCUGGUAUGUUAAUAUGUUGUAUAAUGUAAUGAAUAGAUGGCUUAUAAAUAAAGUAACUCCAGUAAUUAUGUGUACAAGAGACGCGGGUUGUUCAGUUAUAUUGUCAGUUGUUAUUAAGUUCUCCAGUCAUGUACAUGUUGCAUAAUUUUUGUUUAAGUGGCAUAUGUAACUCUGUGGUCUUUGUAAUGUUGUUUAACAAGGGUUUUCUACUGAUUUUUUGCCUAUUGUUGAAAUUUUGAAAUUUGAAGAAGUACUCUGCUUGCAGUCGACAUGAUAUUUUACUUGUAUCAUAUGCAUAUUGGUAAAUUGAUACUUUAAUUGUUUACUGUUAUUUAGCCAUUAAUGCUUCUUAUGUGCUUGCUCUGUUUUGUUAUUAAAAGUGAAACUGAUCCAAUA